CCAAUACAGGCAGGCUAUGUUGGUGGCAUCGGCGACAUAUCAACGCUCUGGUAUGACCAAUACCACGAGUUUGGCCCUCCUCUUGAUGCUGCUCCUUUGCAACCACGGGGUACCUCUCAGCGCCCUCGGUACCCACCCACCGUCCCCCUUUCUGCCCCAGGUCUGUCGUUGCGGUUUGGGUUGAUAUCGUUUAAGAGUUCACUUUCGACCCUUGAUAACUGAUUCAGCCCCCUGUUCCGUCCUUUUUGUUCCAUCAUCCAGGCAUCGAGACCUCUGGCCGCUCUAUUAGCUUUCCUCUGCACGAGUCGAGGCAACUACCGGCCAAUGACAGCAUUGCCCGCGGCACACCGAGGUUGUUCAGAAGCCCAUGCCACCAUAUUCGCAUCCCCUGCCGCCGUCACCGGAGCCCCUCAAUUGCGAUCCAUAGCAUUCCGUCUACGUAAGGCGGUUCAGCUGCAGUGCCCUCUGCUCUGUUCUGGGCAGCCGUGCCUCUCGGGCGCAAUCAGCCGACCGUCGACCUCUUCCAUGCUUGGCACCUCGCCAACAUCUAUCUAUCCACUCAGCCACCACCAUAUUCCAGCACGGACAAGUGACCCAACGAAGCAAGGGCCGAUUGAAGGACGAAACAGAACUGGCCGCUUUUGCAAGGAGUUGUAGCAAGAAGACUACAGACGCACAAGCAAGGAACGGCCACGCCUCAUCCUGUCUUUAUCAGACUGCUCCGACGAAGCCAACACGGGUCUAGGCUGAAGGAACACCACCGAAUAGAACAAUGGAAGCAACAGCAGCGACCGGAUCGCACAACGACGAAGCCAUCGCCACUUCGCCUCCUGUAGUCCCUCAGCGAACUCCUUCCCAGACGAGCCUGCACAAGACAACCCAUGUCCAUGCACACCGCCAGAGCUUCGCCGAGAACCUGAGGAACGCGCCUGGCUCCCCUCGCGCCCAGCGUCACCCUUCCUUCACCCAAUCUGCUGUCCAGGAGCUCCUUAACCAUCCACCUGCUGCUAGUAAGCAUGCAAACCCGCGCUUCGCCGGCCGCGACUGGCGUGAUGUUUCUGUCAACGAACUCGUCGCCCAGGAUGACUUCAAAUGGGCCACCCUCGACACUAGCGUCGAAGAAGCAUCCAUGACCCUGGUCAAGCAUAGCCCGUCGAACGUCGUCCUCAUCCGAGAAAACGACACAGCCAAGAUCGCCGUCUCGACCUUCGACUAUAAUGACCUCAACACCUAUCUGCUGAUCGUUGUCGGGCUAGCAAAGCCAGAAGAGGAGCAGGUCCCGCUCUACGACGAGAUCGUGAACAAGGCUCGCGAUGGCGCCCGCAUUGCCCUGCGUGAUAUUCAGCCCCUUUGCCGCAAAGAGUCGCUUAUUACUCUGCCCUUCGACGAGACAUUGGAACGGGCCAUUGAAGUGUUCGGCAGUGGUAUCCAUCGCGUGCUAGUCACCAGCCCAACGGGCGACGUGAUCGGUAUUCUCAGUCAGCUGAAGGUCAUCGAAUUCUUCUGGAACGAAGGCAUCAACUUUCCUGCCAUUGAUAGACUGUACCCCGUGACCUUGAGAGACCUCGGCAUUGGAACACAGCAGAUUGUUGCUGUCAACUCGGACAGCUCCUUGGGAGACGCGCUGGCAUUGAUGAACGCCGAGGGUCUGACGAGCGUUGCUGUCAUCGACAACGGCAAUAAUGUCGUAGGAAACAUCUCCACUGUAGACGUCAAGCACCUGACCAACGCCGCCGACGCACCUCUGCUACAAUCGUCCUGCAUGCACUUCAUCUCCGUCAUCCUCAGCGAGCGCGGCGUCGAACACGGCCGCGACUCGUUCCCUGUUUUCUACGUGAACCCAUACUCAACGUUGGCGCACACCGUUGCGAAGCUGGUGGCCACCCAGUCUCACCGUAUGUGGGUUGUCGAAUCGGCAUCCCCGUCCCCGUCCGCACCUGCGACUCCUUUGCUCGCCCCGACACCGUCAACGGUGCUGGUGCCAGGAUCUGGCUCGGCGCCGCAGUCGCCUCUUCCUACACAGACACACACCGCCGUGCCUGCUGCAGCCAUGCCUGGCGCUCAUCUCUCCGGUCGUUUGACCGCUGUGAUUUCGUUGACGGAUAUCCUCAACAUGUUUGCAAAGUCGUCGGGACUACGACCUUCGGAUCCGGGUGAACAGCGUGCGCGCCGUCGCAGAAGCUCGAGCAGCUCCAUGCGCCCCAGUCUUGAUUCGUCCAGAGCAAGCCUUGAUCUGCGUCGGUAAACAAGUAUUGACUAGUCUAAGGAGCUUCAUGAUGACUGGCGUUGCUCGUAGGUUCGUCGCAUGGGUGUUUACGUUGACAGAAGCAUGGUUUUGCCAAAGUAUAUGCUUUUUCCUUAUUAGACAGAUGGCUGGAACUUUAGAUCAAAGUCCGGAUCAGGGAGGCAGGCCAUCAAUCAAUGGCACCCCCUCAAUACAUGUGAUCCAUAGUGGUACCAUCAUACCGUUCACUCGUGACACAUGGGAUGAAACUUUGUAGCAUGACGGUUGUACUCUUGGGAGCAACUGCUUGAACCACUUUUCUUGAACGGGUUGUUUGUAGGGGGGGGGGGGCAGGAAUGAUCCUAAUUGGGCAUGUAUGCAAUUGUUGUUUUGCGGUCGUCUAUGCGGCACAGUUCUCUUUUCAGUGGCUAGUAGCAAGUCACUUCGCUUCGUUGCUCAUACGACGAAUAGAGAGGGGUGGGAAGGCAACCCAAAAGCAUGCCUCAAAUCUAAACUAACCCGAAGCCAUGUUUCCAUGCAUUCUCUGCCUCUUUGUUCCACACGGUCCUAGUUUAGACGAUCAAGUGGACGCAGACACGUUGUCUUCUUGAAUGUGCUUACCCUCUCACUUGCCGU